AUGGAUGAUUCUGGGAAUGAACAAAUUGGAGAAUCCUCAAGCUCUAGAAAAAGAUCAAGGAGGCAGAAGCUGUGCAACAGACAUUCUGUGGAACAAAUUCAGCAGCUUGAAACAUUUUUCAAGGAAUGUCCACAUCCAGAUGAGAACCAGCGACGUCAAUUGAGUAGGGAAAUAGGGCUUGAUCCUAAGCAGAUCAAGUUUUGGUUUCAAAACAAAAGAACUCAAACAAAGGCACUAAGUGAGAGAGCAGACAACAAUAUUCUUCGAACAGAAAAUGAAAGAUUUCAUUGUGAGAAUAUGGCAAUGAGAGAGGCACUGAAAAAUAUUAUUUGCCCACACUGUGAUGGUCCACCCCCUGGAGAAGAAGAAAGGAAACGUAAUUUAGAAAAAAUGAAAAUGGCAAAUCAACGUUUGAGAGAUGAGCAUGAAAGAAUAUCUAAUUUGAUCUCCAAUUUUGUGGGAAGGUCUUUUGCAAUGACUUCACAAUUAGCACCACAAAAUAAUGUUGGAUCUUUAUCAAGUUCAUCUGAUGAAAGUUUGGUUAGCCAAAAUAUAAUUAACUCUCCCAUUGAAAAUCAACCAAAUAAUGUUCGAGGAAAUUCAACAGCUAAUAUUCCACCGCCACUACUACCACCACCACCACCACCGCCGCCAUUUGAAGAAAACGAAGAAAUUCGUGUUGACCGGGAAAAAUCAAUAAUAUUUGGGACUGUGAUUACUGCAACAGAUGAAAUUGUGGAGCUUUUCCAAAUGAAUGAACCAAUUUGGAUUAAGUCACAAAUUGAUGGGAGAUAUUUUAUUAAUCGUGAAAGUUAUGAAAAGAUUUAUCCAAAGCCAAAUCAAGCUUAUAAAUCUGCUGCUCGUAUUGAAUCAUCAAAGGAAUCUGGAGUUGUGACAAUGACUGCAAUUGAGCUGAUUCAAAUAUUUCUUGAUCCAGUCAGAUACAUGAACAUGUUUCCUACUAUUGUCACAAAAGCUAGGACAAUUGAAGUUGUUGAUACUGAGAAUUUCGGAGGCUCUGUACAAUUGAUGUAUGAAAAGUUACAUAUUCUAUCUCCUCUUGUGGGAGCUAGAGAUUUUUUCUUCAUUCGUUGUUGUCGACAACUUGAUCCAACAACAUGGACAAUGGUUGAUGUUUCAUUUGAUAAUUUAAGAGAAAUUCAAAGUGGUGGACCUUCUCAGUCAUGGAAGUUUCCUUCUGGCUGUGUUAUUCAAGAUUUGGGCAAUGGGAAAAGUAUGGUUACUUGGCUUGAGCAUGUUCAUGUGGAUGACAAAACUCAUACUAAUCGUCUCUAUAGAGAUUUAGUGUGUGGUCGUCAAACAUUUGGAGCUAAGAGAUGGAUAAUUACACUUCAAAGGAUGUCUGAGAGGCACAAUUUUGCAAUGAAUGCAAACAAUCAUGAUUUUGGAGGAGCUAGGGGGACCUUUUUCUUUCUCAAAGUAAACUUCUUCGCUCGUUAG